AUGUCGACCGUGGAGUCUCCGAGCGCUGUUAGAAAAGUGGUUGUUCAUCUGAGAGCUACUGGUGAUGCCCCUAUACUGAAGCAAGCCAAAUUUAAGAUUCUUGGAACUGACAAGUUUGCGAAAGUGAUUGAGUUUCUAAGAAGGCAACUUCACCGGGAUACCUUGUUUGUGUAUGUCAACAGUGCAUUCUCUCCAAACCCAGAUGAAUUGGUGAUUGAUCUCUAUAAUUUCAAAAAGUUCUUGGUGAAGAGGGUUCAAGUUGCAUCAUCUGUGAAGGGAAACGAUUCUGCCAGUUCUUAUGUCCUUUAG